GGAAGAUCGCGGCUCCUGCAAUCUUAGUUGAAAGAAGACCAGUGUGAGCUAGCCAGGGGUGUUGCUGAGUUGGUUCCCCCACACGCCCUCCGCUCUUUAAUGGCUGCGUCUUCGACAUCAGCGGGCUAUGGGAUCCGCAAUUAUUUCCGGCGGCCGUCGCAGUCACCGCCUUCCUCCGGUUCAGUCGAGCUUCAAGCUGACCUUAAGGAGAAGUCACCAGAACUGGACCCGCAGUUACGGCCGAGUGAGAGACAGAAGCAGCAGAUGCAACAGAUGCAGCGCAGCGCCGUGCUCGGGUCCUGUGCACAAGCGGUGGGCACUGUGGCUUCAGUACUCUUCGCAUUGAUCAACCGCUGUGGUCACUACGACGAGACGGCUCGAAACAGCUCAGUAACUCGCCAAGCCAAGAUUCUGUACGUCUCGCUGCUUGAAAGUGUGCAAAAGGAGCGUGGGGAGUGGCAGGGCUUUUCUUCAGCCUCCAAUGACAACAAUGUACCUGAAGAUAUCGAAGUCUUGAGUCCGCAAGCCCUCCUUACGUCGAGUAUCGAUUCGAAUUCCACUGCUGAUCAACUAGGCAUUCUCAACGAGCUACUUGAAGUAAGCUUUCGCAAUCUCAUGGGUCCGUUGGUGCCUCUAGCGCUCUACACGCGACAGAGAAAGAUGUUGCUACGUCAGAGUCUGGCUGUUCCGCCGGCACUCACGACGUUGGUGGCAAUUCGUGAGAUCUUGGAUCUCCUUGAGCGUGAGGUGCGGCACUGUCUGCUGCGCUUGUUCGCGUUGUGGGACCUCGUUGCUCUAGUCAGUGGCGAGGCACAGCCACUCCUCAAAACGAUCGCGGAUAAACACCACCACGUCUUCAGUGAGUCGUCCGAGUUCGAAAGCAUGUUUAUCUUGACAAAGCAGGAACUUCAAAUUGACGCGAGACUGGGUGAAGAUAUUCGAGCGAAGACCUGGCCACCCGAGUCGGAGGAGGCUGAGGAAGAAGACGAAAGGUUCUCGAGCGAUGGCGAUGUAAGCAGUUUCAGUGAUGAGAACCAGAUGCUACACGACGAUGCUGCUGGGAUACCAUGGGAACAGGAUCCAAACUUGGAUUCGUUUGCCCUUCGAUCCCGGACUUCAUCGUCCGUACCAAGCGUGCUUGAAGAGGAAGAUCAGGUCGGUGAUUAUGUUGAGGCUGAAGGAGGUGACUGGUCUAUCCCAUCGCCUCCUCGAUACCCCUGUCACCAAGAGCACCGGAAGACCCAGCGAGCUCGAAGCAUGGCAUCUCCUCCAGUGUCGGGAGGCGCGGGUCCAUUGAUACCGGUUCCAAUGAUUCCUUCUAGUAGUGAAGGCAUUCCACCGCCAAGCAAAGCGGAACACGCGACCAGGUCAAUCGAGCGGGUCCCAAGUGGCCACCGGCACUCGCAGCGGUCUCUUCUUUCGGGUCCAACCUCUCCAACACACAGCGCAAUAAGCCAAGCAAGCUCCAGUACCAGAUCCGCGUCGCGGAAGUCGAAGCUGCGGACUAAGCAGCGCAGUUCAUCGUCUACAAACGGUAGCUUUAGGAGCAAGCGCCAGCAGCACGAAAGUCACUGGCAAGACACGACCAGCAACGAAUCGCGGUCUCCUCCACCGUCUUCUCGCUCCACCGUGCGCCGAGGUGGCAGCAAGCGGUUCAGAGGCAUAAAGACUGCAUCGACUCGCCGUCGUCAAGCGUCUGCUGAUAAAACGAAGCAAGAACACGCCCAUGAGCUUUUGCAGGAUAAAGAAAAAGUGAAACCCAGCUUCCUGUCGACUGCGGCUUCAAGUCUAGCCAUCCCUGUAGCUGCUGCAACCUUGUGUGUUCUCGCAACCAUGGCCACCUUGGCAAUCUACGAGAUGCGCAGAGCUCCACGCAACUGAUGAGUCACGCUGCCAUCGGCUCGUAUGUAAAAGUCGAGUGGAUUCUCAGUUGACAUACGGUUCAAUGCAUGUACAUGUACUGUACCUUGUAUGAGAUACCGUGAAAUCUCAAUUGGUGCCGUCAACAACCGUGGUUUUGGCUUCCUGGACUCAGAGGUACAGGUACGGUACAAGUAUUAAUAUUUGUUCAUGUUGCCACAGUAGGUGCGUUGUGCAUACUGGUACUGUAAUGCAUUGGCUUUAUUAAAACCAA